AUGAAUCCCUUUGAAUUAACCAUCUCUUCCAACAAUUCAUCAUCACCAACCACGAAUUCAACAACGAGCUCAUGUCCCGAAGUGGACCCUUCUGGUCUUCAAUACAUUAAAUGGAUUUAUAUUAUUUUCGGAGAAUGUGUUCAUUCGAGUUGGGAACAAGCUUCAUUCUAUGUAGGAAUGGCUAGCCUAUUCUUUUGGAUGAUUGCAUUAUUUCCUCAAAUUAUUGCAAAUUUUAGAAAUAAGAGUGCCUCUUCUUUGGCUCUUGGAUAUUUAAUACAAUCGACGAUUGGAGAUUCUUGCAAUUUUCUUGCUUGUAUUUUGUCGGGACAAUUAAUGACACAAAUAUUCGUAGCUGGAUAUUUUGUUUUAAUUGAUAUCGUUGUGAUUGGACAAUACUUUUUCUACAAGUUGAGGAAUGCGAAAAUUUUCCAAAAAAAGAAAAAAUUAUCGGAUGCAGUCACGAAAAAAUCGAAUGACUUGGAAAUGGAUCAUGUAUACUUUCACGAGGAUCAUGAACAACUCGCCUCAGUUCAAAGAAACAGCGUUGAUGAAGAUAAUUUUAUCAUGCAUGACGAUGAACAGUUUCAUGAUGACCAAAAUCAUCAUGUUUCAUUACUUCCAAAUAAUUCUUCUCUGCAAACAGCAACCACAAAACUGAAAACAUCUUCAUGGGCUGUUCUUUUAUCUAUUGUGAUUUUUAUUUCAAUUUGUAUCCUUUUCAAUAAUUACCAAAUUAUGGAAAGUGAAAUUCUCCCCAUUGCAGAAAAAAAGAUCUUUCAAUAA